UGUUUUGUCACGACCACUUUGGCCGCUGCAACCUGUGACUAUGCUACGUCUAGGAUGUCGUAGAGCGAUCAACACAGGUUGGCGGCGACAAGCUGAGCUAGUGCGCUACGCUUCAGGCUCCUCUCCCUCGCACCAACCCAACGCGCCUCUCGAACUAGAUCCCGCCUUCCAGGCUCUCCUCAGAGACGUCGAGAUGUCGUUACGCAGCAAGGCUCCGCAUGACACAUCCGGGUCUCACGGGCCUCGAGAACUUGAGCUUUUCCCCCGUGAUCCCCAUACAACGGUCGAUUAUCUGACGUCCGCGGAACUCGAUGCUCAAGACGAAAGCUCCAACCGAGGGGAAGGAAGGAAAUCUCCUGCAGCUGCAUUUGGAAGUCAACGUAUUGGUGCGGUAGUGCUUCCGUUCGAGAUGCAAUCGGCCAUUUCGCGGCUCGUUGCAGACUCGGACAAGCCCACACUUCGUCAGGACGCCAAGCGGCUGUUUUUGAACGAGACCGUGACUGGUGAAGAGUGGAACUCAACCUUCGACAUGCGCUACAAUUCGGCGAAGGAGGCCGGUCGACAUGCGCUCAGAGACGCGACUGCUUUCGCUACGGUCGCAUUGCCCUCCCAUUACUCCGUGAUUUACGCAGUCCUCGACCACAUCAAACGCCGCAUGGGCGCAGAUUGGCAAGUAGACCGCGUGAUAGACUGGGGCGCUGCAACGGGGAGUGGUUUGUGGGCAUCAGGACAUGUGUUCCAAAGGCGACCCGACGCAGACGGAAGGAAUGCGCAAGACGUGGAAGAUAUCCGGAUAUCUCAGACGAGCCUUAGCAGCUACCUUGGGAUUGACAAGCGGGAAGGCCUUGUCCGUAUUGGGAAGCGCAUUAUCCGAGAUCUGGACAUGGGCAGCCUUCAUGCGGCUUGGCAGAAGUCGUUCCACGACGACGAUGCUGUUGACCCAGUAGAAAGUUCCAGCGCUGUGGCAUUGUCAGCUUUCUUAUUAUCCUCCCUUCCCACUCCUGUCGAUAGGAAGAUUAUGAUUAAGGAGAUGUGGGAGAGUGGAGCUGAAGUCAUUGUUCUUAUUGACCAUAGUUUUGAGAACAUCGCAGAAGCAAGGGAGCAAUUUCUGAAACUCGGGAAGAAAGAGGUCGAGGAUCCCACGGUUGCGGGAUCAUCCCCUAGGGGCGCCCAUGUCGUUGCUCCGUGUCCUCACGACGGUGCCUGCCCCCUAUACCACCCUGGUUAUGGGAAAUUGCAAUGCACUUUUUCGCAGCGGAUGCAACGCCCUGAGUUUGUCCGCAAGACGAAACACUCCGGAACUGGCCAUGAGAACAUGGACUAUUCCUACGUCGUCAUCCGGCGUGGGCCUCGACCGGCUCAGACCUCUGCCAAAGCCGGUCGAGCCGGAGACAUAGGCCUGCGAGAACUCGCAAAACGUGCCGCAGACUCUGUGCCUAUGAACCGUUUGUCCCUAGCGAGCGAUCUCCAUGAUGAGACCGAGCUCUCACACAAAGAGGAGUCUUCAAGGAUAUUGGAAUCAUCCGAGGCGUCAAAUGAGAGCCAUGAGCUCGCGUCCGCCGAGGUGUCCGCCGAGGUCACCUCUGCGCUGAGACAGGAGGCGUACAGUUGGCCUCGUCUAAUUUUCCCUCCUAUCAAGCGUAGCGGACAUGUCAUUCUCGACGUGUGCCAUCCACAGGGUCAAAUCAUGCGUAUGACAAUACCAAAGUCGCAAGGGAAGCAACCAUACUAUGAUGCUCGGAAGUCUAGCUGGGGAGACAUCUUCCCUCACGAGCCGAAGAAUCCUCCCCAACUGCGCCGUCAGCCUGCUCAUCCAGGUGACACGCCCUCUCAGGGUCAGGAUAUUGGUAAACGGAGGCACCACAAAGCAGAUUUCAAGAAGGCAAGUUACGCAAAGCUCGCUGAAGAUAUCAAAGAGCGCAGACGUGACCAGAGGAGGGCGAGACGGAUAGCGGAAAGCUAUGACACGUAGUCCAUUUGCCAUCAUGUUUACUAUGGGACUUAGGCUCCCGCGUUACACCCUACUACGACGCAGGACUUGUUAAUGACACACUCC